ACUAUGAUUAUUCCCCCCGCUCUUGUUUUCAAAAAUCGAUAAAAAGUUUCAAAAAUCAAAAAACCCCUCUUCAACAUCUCAAUCCCCUCUUCAUUCUCCGAUCAAUUCCCCCAAAGUCUUCAACUUUAUCAAUCUUUCUUACUCCAAUUGCAUUCUUGUUUCUUCCACCGGCCGUCCGGCCGGCCCUUUUGUCUCAUUUCAUCUCACCAUCAACACCCAAAACCCUAAUCGCACAUAACCCAAGAUUCCUCUCACAUGAACCCAUUUGGAAGAUCAAACAUGCAGAGAUCUGGAUCCAACGGUGGACAUCAUCACCACCGCCAAUACCCAUCUUCCGAUGACUUCAUUGAAUCCAAUUUCAACAAUAAAUGGCUUCAGUCAGCUGGUCUUCAUCAUCUUUACUCCUCAAACCCUAAUUUUCAGGAUUUUGGGUUUUAUGGUAGUAAUAAUGAUGCUGCUUUUUCGCAGUCAUCGAGCUUUACGAAAUAUGGUAAUGUGGAGCAAGUGUCACCUAAUGAAUUUAGCCCUGGUUUGCUUGAUCUUCAUUCUUUCGAUGAUACCGAGUUGUUAACGGAGGUGCAUAGUGAGAACAACUUGAAUUUGCUAAAUCAACCUUUGUAUGGUGAGGGUGUUGACGGUGCAAAUGCUUAUUCAUUGGCGAAUAAGUUUGCUAAUAUGUCAUGUGGUCCGGUUGAGAAUAACGUCGUUAAGAGCUCGUUGGCAGACAAAGAGAAAGCUAGUAAUGUUGCCAAGAUUAAAGUUGUGGUACGUAAGAGACCGCUUAACAAGAAGGAGCUUGCAAGAAACGAGCAAGAUAUUAUCAGCAUAGACCCUUAUAAUAGUUCACUCACUGUUCAUGAAUCUAAAGUCAAGGUGGACCUUACUGAAUAUGUAGAGAAGCACGGAUUUGUAUUUGAUGCUGUGAUGAACGAAGAUGUUACAAACGACGAAAUAUAUUCGCAAACUGUGGAGCCCAUAAUCCCAAUCAUCUUUCAAAAAACAAAAGCAACCUGCUUUGCUUAUGGGCAAACCGGAAGUGGGAAGACCUAUACAAUGCAACCAUUACCCCUCAGAGCUUCCCAGGAUAUUUUCAGACUUAUGCACUAUAAUUACCGAAACCAAGGGUUUCAGUUAUACGUCAGUUUCUUCGAAAUUUACGGAGGGAAAGUUUUCGAUCUCCUUAAUGAUAGAAAGAAGCUUUGCAUGAGGGAAGAUGGAAAACAACAAGUGUGUAUAGUAGGCUUGCAGGAGUAUAACGUAUCGGAUGUGGGAAUAAUAAAGGAAUUAAUCGAAAAGGGUAAUGCUACGAGGAGCACUGGUACAACUGGUGCGAAUGAAGAAUCUUCUAGAUCACACGCGAUUCUUCAACUUGCUGUCAAGAAAUUGAUUGACGGCAAUGCAUCCAAACAGCCUCGAUUGGUCGGGAAAUUAUCGUUCAUAGAUCUUGCGGGAAGUGAACGCGGUGCCGAUACUACUGAUAAUGAUAAACAAACAAGGAUGGAAGGUGCUGAAAUUAAUAAAAGUUUACUUGCGUUAAAGGAAUGUAUUAGAGCCCUUGAUAACGAUCAGGGUCAUAUUCCGUUCAGAGGGAGUAAAUUAACGGAAGUUUUACGAGAUUCAUUUGUCGGUAACUCACGUACGGUUAUGAUAUCAUGCAUUUCACCGAACUCUGGAUCUUGUGAACAUACGCUCAACACAUUGAGAUACGCUGACAGGGUUAAGAGUCUAUCAAAAGGAAGCAAUUCCCGAAAGGAUUUGUCAUCUUCAACAUCAAACCUUAGAAAUUCAAUUGCAUUGCCUGUAUCUUCAUCAACGUUAACACGUUCCGAAGAUGUUAAAUUUGAAAAACCACCGCAUGAAACUAAUAGAUUUGGAUGGCCGAAACAAACAGACAGAGACCCUAUUGGAAGAUCAAUGGUUUAUACACCUCCAACUGAAAAUUACAGAAGCGAUUACGGAGGUACGGAUGAAGAAAUUAUGGAAGAUGAUUUUGACUAUUCCAUAGAGGUCAAUGAACCGAAGAACAUUCCAAGAAUGGAACCAGUUCUUGAAGACAAUGAUGAUCUCGCCGCACUUCUCGAGGAAGAGGAAAAUCUUGUGAAUGCUCACAGGAAACAAGUGGAGGAGACUAUGGAUAUUGUUAGGGAGGAAAUGAACCUGCUGGUAGAAGUAGAUCAACCAGGCAAUCAACUCGACAAUUAUAUUACAAAACUAAAUAUCAUUCUCUCCCAAAAAGCAUCCGCGAUUCAGCAACUACAGACACGACUACAAAAUUUUCAAAAAAAAUUGGAAGAAUACAAUGUUCUAUCAUCAGCUGCAGGUGGCAAUUGAUGUUGCAGCUUGUAGCAUACCUAACUAAGGUGAAUGUUUGGUACUACGGUACGUAUCUUGUUGUGUUCAAAUUGUUUUUCGAUACAUUUGAUUUGGAUUUCGAGUGUGAAUUAUGUACGCCUGUAUAACUUGUUGCGAUUUAUAGAAAAAUCAAAAUGCGGAAUAUCCUGUUUGUGUUGAUU